CUUUGUUUUUCUUUUUAUAUAUAUAUAAAAUAUAUUUUUAUCCUCUCCUGGGUGAAACAAGCCCAUUGGAUCAUUUAACAAGAAAGGAAUUAGAGAGAGAGGUAGAGAGAGAGAGAGAGAUGUGAUUUGAUUCCCUCUCUCUCUCUCUUUCUCUCUCUAGCCUUCCCCAGUCUCUCCCUCCUCAAACCCUCCUCCUCUUCUUCUUCUUCUUCUUCUUCUUCUUCUUCUUCUUCUUGGAUCUCCAUUUUUCAAAUCUCAACCCCAAACAAAUCCUUCAAAAAGAAAAAGAAAAAAAGGGAAAAAAAACUCCUUUUUCCUCCUCCUCUACUUCUUCUCCCUCCCUUAGUAGUAAGUAAAGUAACUCCAUUAUUCUAAAACCCCUCCAUGUUUCUCAUUAUAUAAAUCCCCAAACCCUCCCCCCCCAAUUUCACCAUCCCCCCACAAAUCCCCUAUUAAUUACCACCACAAUGCCUCACCCUCCUCUUCUCCUCCUCCUCUUCACCCACAUUGUCCUCCUCUCCCUCCCCCUCUCCUCCUCCUCCUCCUCCCCUCUCCCCAAUUCCUCCCUCCUCCUCCGCCCCGUCUCCGACCCCGAAUCCGUCGUCCGCGACUUCCAAAGGCAGCUGGAGCGGUCGCGGCGGCGGGCGCUGGCGGAGGCGUCGUGCUUCACGGGCAACCCGAUCGACGACUGCUGGCGGUGCUCGGGCGUGGACUGGCAGUCGGACCGGCAGCGGCUGGCGGACUGCGGCAUCGGGUUCGGGCGCGGCGCCCUCGGCGGGAAGGGCGGCCCGCUCUACGUCGUCACCGACUCCUCCGACCUCGACCCCGUCAACCCCACCCCCGGCACCCUCCGCCACGCCGCCAUCCAGGAGGGCCCCCUCUGGAUCGUCUUCGCCGCCGACAUGACCAUCCACCUCAACGAGGAGCUCCUCGUCAACAGCUUCAAGACCCUCGACGGCCGCGGCGCCGACGUCCACGUCGCCGGCGGCGCCUGCAUCACCCUCCAGUACGUCUCCCACGUAAUCAUUCACAACAUCCACGUCCACGACUGCGUCCCCGCGGGCGACGCCAACGUGCGCUCCUCGCCGACGCACUACGGCUGGCGCACGCGCUCCGACGGCGACGGCAUCUCGCUGUACAGCGCCGCGAACGUCUGGGUCGACCACUGCUCGCUGUCGAACUGCGCGGACGGGCUGGUGGACGCGAUCAUGGGGUCGACGGCGAUCACGGUGUCGAAUUGCUACUUCGCGCGGCACAACGAGGUGAUGCUGCUGGGGCACAACGACGAGUACCUGCCGGAUUCGGGGAUGCAGGUGACCAUCGCCUUCAACCACUUCGGCGAGCAGCUGGUGCAGCGGAUGCCGCGGUGCCGCCGCGGGUACUUCCACAUCGUCAACAACGACUACACGCGCUGGGAGAUGUACGCCAUCGGAGGCAGCGCCAACCCCACCAUCAAUAGCCAGGGCAACCGCUACAUCGCCCCCGCCGACCCCAACGCCAAAGAGGUGACGAAGAGGGUGGACACGGAGGAGAGCGCGUGGACCGGGUGGAACUGGAGGACGGAGGGGGACAUGAUGGUGAACGGCGCCUUCUUCGUGCCGUCCGGCGAGGGCCUGGAGGCCAUCUACGCCAAGGCGUCCAGCCUCGACCCCAAGUCCGCCGCCCUCAUCGACCAGCUCACCCAAAACGCCGGCGUCCUCGGCUCCCCUAG